AUGGCGGCCCUGGAGACCCCUCAACCGUCGACUCUGCGUCACGCGUUCGGAAAUGUGCUAUCAAUCUUCGUCCUGUUACUCAUCGGCGUCUUUGCUUUCUCGAUCCGUCUCUUCUCUGUGAUUAAGUACGAGAGUGUAAUUCACGAGUUUGAUCCUUACUUUAAUUAUAGAGUCACUCAGUUUUUGACGAAGAAUGGAAUAUAUGACUUUUGGAAUUGGUUCGAUGACCGGACCUGGUAUCCUCUUGGACGGGUUAUUGGGGGAACUGUUUACCCGGGACUCACGUUGACUGCCGGAACCUUAUGGCGGAUAUUGAACACUUUGAAUAUACCGCUAUCAGUGGAAACUGUCUGUGUGUUUACAGCUCCCAUUUUUUCAGCUUUUGCUUCUUGGGCAACGUACCUUUUGACCAAGGAAGUCAAAGGCGUUGGUGCUGGAUUGACCGCUGCAGCUCUUUUGGCCAUGGUUCCAUCUUAUAUAUCUCGAUCUGUGGCUGGCAGCUAUGACAAUGAAGCUGUAGCUAUAUUUGCUUUGAUCUUCACAUUCUAUCUCUAUAUAAAGGCAUUGAAUACAGGAUCUCUUUUCUAUGCUACUCUAAAUGCCAUAGCAUACUUUUACAUGGUUUGCUCUUGGGGAGGGUAUACUUUCAUCAUAAAUCUUAUUCCCAUGCACGUCCUGCUGUGCAUUGUUACUGGUCGCUACUCUUCUCGCCUCUACAUUGCAUAUGCUCCGCUUGUUGUCUUGGGGACGUUGUUAGCAUCUUUGGUGCCAGUUGUAGGUUUUAAUGCUGUCAUGACAUCUGAGCAUUUUGCAUCAUUUUUAGUCUUUAUUAUUAUCCAUGUCGUGGCUCUUGUGUACUAUAUCAAAGGGAUGAUCUCACCACAAAUGUUUAAAGUAGCUGUUACUCUUGUAGUAUCCGUUGGCCUGAUAGUUUGUGGGGCUGUGUUAGCUGUACUAAUAGCUUUGGUAGCUUCUAGCCCUACCAAAGGAUGGAGUGGAAGAAGUUUGAGCCUGCUCGAUCCAACAUAUGCAAGCAAGUAUAUACCAAUUAUUGCCAGUGUUAGUGAACAUCAACCCCCUACAUGGCCGUCUUACUUUAUGGACAUUAAUGUCUUGGCAUUUUUGGUUCCCGCUGGCAUUAUUGCGUGCUUUUUGCCACUAUCUGACGCAAGCUCGUUCGCAGUUCUUUAUAUAGCUACAUCAGUAUAUUUUUCUGGUGUCAUGGUGCGUCUAAUGCUUGUGCUUGCUCCGGCAGCAUGCAUAAUGUCUGGAAUUGCUCUUUCAGAAGCUUUUGGAGUUUUUACUCGAUCGAUUAAAUUUCAGCUGCCUGGUGUAUCUCAAAAUUCCCCUGUCAAUGCAGGGGAUGCUGGUAAUGUUAUGCAAAAUGAUGUGGUGAAGACUGAGAAAAGUGAAGACUCACUGAAGGAACGUCCUUCAAGAAAAAACAAGAAGAAGGAAAAGGACAAAGUGGAAAGGGCUUCUGUUGUACCCCAGAUUGAAAAGAGGCUUUUGGUUUUACCAUUGGAGGCUUCCAUCAUUGCUAUUUUCUUGCUUGUGUUGCUGGGUGCCUUUUAUGUGGUUCAUUGUGUGUGGGCUGCGGCAGAGGCUUAUUCAGCACCCUCUAUUGUGCUAACUUCUCGAUCUCAUGAUGGCCUUCAUGUUUUUGAUGAUUUUAGAGAGGCUUACGGUUGGUUGCGUCAUAACACUGAGGUGGAUGAUAAAGUUGCUUCGUGGUGGGACUAUGGUUACCAAACAACUGCCAUGGCAAACCGCACGGUUAUUGUUGACAAUAAUACCUGGAACAACACACAUAUUGCAACCGUUGGUACUGCAAUGUCCUCUCCUGAAAAAGCAGCUUGGGAAAUUUUCAAUUCAUUGGAUGUAAAAUAUGUUCUUGUUGUUUUUGGAGGUCUUGUUGGUUACCCUAGUGACGACAUUAACAAGUUCCUAUGGAUGGUUCGAAUAGGAGGUGGUGUAUUCCCUCAUAUUAAGGAACCUGAUUAUUUGAGAGAUGGUCAAUACCGGAUUGAUUCUCAAGCCACUCCUACCAUGCUGAAUUGUCUCAUGUACAAACUUUCAUAUUACAGAUUUGUGGAGACAGAUGGUAAAGGCUUUGAUAGGGUGAGGAAUACUGAAAUUGGAAAGAAAUAUUUCAAACUUACCCAUUUUGAAGAGGUAUUCACUACUCACCAUUGGAUGGUUCGGAUAUACAAACUGAAACCUCCAAAGAACAGAAUCCGUGGGAAGACAAAGAAAGCUAAAUCGAAAGCAAGCUCGAAAAGAAGUGGAACCCCAAAGAAGAAUCCUUGGCAUUAG